AUGUCAGAUCAACCAUUGUUUGAUGAAUUUGGUAAUCUCAUUGAAGAUGACAAUAAUGUAGAUCAAGUAUACAAUGGAGAGGUCGAUGAAGAUCAAUUUCAAGCUGGUGUUGAUGAUGAUGAAGGAAAUGAUUUGACAGGAAUCGAUAUGUCACGUGAUGAUGCUGAUCGUGAUAACGAUGAAGAUCAUGAUCAUCAUUCCAAUGGAUUGAAUGGCAAUGGUAGACAACAAAACGAUAGAAUGGAAGUAGAUAAUGAGUUAAAGAGCAAUGCAAUAGUUUUACAUGAAGAUAAAAAGUAUUUUCCAGAUGCAUCGGAAGUGUAUCAUGGCGCUGAAGUCAUGGUACAAGACGAAGACACUCAACCCAUUAGCAAACCAAUUAUAGCACCAACGAGAACACGUACUUUUGCACUGACCGAACAAGAUUUACCAACCACUACAUACGACAAACAGUUCCUGAUAGAUCUACUGCAGUAUCCACAUCUCAUUCGUAACGUUUGUCUCGUUGGAAAUCUAUCAUCAGGAAAAACAUCGUUUAUGGACAUGCUAUUCCUACAAACACACGAAAAGAAAUGGACACAUACCAAACCAAUGAGAUAUACAGAUACAAGAAAAGAUGAACAGGAACGUAGAUUAUCGAUAAAAUCAACACCAAUGACUUUGGUACUACAGAAUUCAAAGGAUAAGAGCUAUGUUUGUAAUAUUUUAGAUACUCCAGGUCAUGUCAAUUUCUCGGAUGAAGUUACCGCUUCGAUGAGACUGUGUGACUCGGCAGUGAUUGUGGUCGAUGCGCUCGAGGGUGUAAUGAUGCAGACCGAACGUCUGAUUCAACAUGCCGUCAACGAAGGACUAUCGAUUGCUGUCAUUAUCAACAAGGUCGAUCGUCUUAUACUGGAGCUGCGACUGCCGCCAACCGACGCCUACUUCAAGAUCAAACACACCAUCGACGAGAUCAACCAGAUUCUCGACAAGGCAUCGCAUGGCAGUCAAUCGAUUCGUGUCUCACCGGAAGCUGGCAACGUACUGUUUGCUUCGUCCGAGAUGGGCUGGUGUUUCACGCUGUCGUCGUUCGCCAAGAUCUACUCUGUCAGUUUCGGAGGUGGUUUCGCACCCGAGGAAUUUGCAAAGCGUCUCUGGGGAGAUCUCUAUUUCCACGCGGACAAACGUGUUUUCCGUAGAAAGCCUGACAAUCCAGAGAUGCAACGUUCAUUCAUUCACUUCAUUUUGAAUCCACUCUACAAGAUCUACUCUACGGUGGUAUCGAGCGAUAAGGCAGGCGUGGAGAGAAUGCUCUUUGAACUCGGAAUGAGAUUGCCGCGAGAAACACUCGAUAUGGAUGUUAAACCACUGUUGAGAAUCGUACUUGGAACAUUCUUUGGAAAAUCACAAGGUUUCGUCGAUAUGUUGACUACACUGCCAUCGCCACUCGAUGCCGCACCAACAAAGACAGAGAUGUUCUACACCGGACCACAGAUCGGCGAGUAUGGAGAGUCACUCAAAAAGUGCGAUCCCAACGGUCCACUCGUGCUUCACAUCACCAAAUUGAUAUGUCGUCCGGACGGUGUGAAAUUCGAUAGUUUGGCACGUGUCAUGAGUGGUACCGUCACCAAAGGAAUGGUGCGUGUUCUCGGAGAGAAAUACACACCGGACAACGAUGAAGAUCUCGUACUCGAUGAAAUUACCAAGAUCUCCAUUAGCGAAGCACGUUAUCAGAUAGAGGUGGAGCAGGCAUAUCCAGGAUCGUGGGUACUCUUGGAGGGUGUAGACAAUUCCAUCGUAAAGACAGCUACUGUCGUUGCAGAGAACGAUAUCGAUUCGCGCGAACCUGACACCAGUGCUCAUAUUUUCCGUCCACUCCAAUUCAAUACCAAGUCGGUGUGUAAGGUGGCAAUUGAACCACUGAAUCCGUCAGAGUUGCCCAAGAUGUUGGAGGGUCUGAGGAAGAUCAACAAGAGUUAUCCACUGGCAAUUACACGUGCCGAAGAGUCGGGUGAGCACAUUAUUCUUGGUACAGGAGAACUCUAUUUAGAUUGUAUUUUACACGAUUUGCGAACAAUGUAUGCUGAAAUUGAAAUCAAAGUCGAUGAUCCAGUCAUCUGCCUGUCGGAAACGAUCGCAGAGACAUCGGCGAUCAGAUGUCGCGCGGAAACACAAAACAGAAAGAAUAGCUUGACAAUGAUUUGCGAACCUCUGGAAAAAGGUUUGGCCGACGAUAUUGAAUCGGGUGCAGUUAAAAUUGAUUGGCCAAAGAAGAAACGUUCAGAGUUCUUCCAGACCAAAUACGGAUGGGACUUGCUCGCCGCCAACAAUAUAUGGGCAUUUGGGCCGGACACUUACGGACCAAACGUCCUAAUUAACGAUACAUUCUCAACGGAAAUCAAUCGUUCUCACUUGAUGUCCAUUAGUGAGUCGGUGGUACGUGGAUUCCAAUGGGCCACCAAGGAAGGUCCGCUUGUUGACGAACCCGUUAGAAAUACCAAAUUCAAGUUGAUCGAUGCAACGAUUGCACCGGAACCAAUUGCUCGUUCCAGUGGACAUAUUGUACCCGCCGCCAGAUCAGCCACACACUCUGCAUUCUUGGUGGCAAAUCCUCGACUGAUGGAACCAAUUUUCAUGGUCGAAGUAAUCUCACCACCCGAUUGUGUUCAAGCGAUUGAAACUGUUUUGACUCGUCGACGUGGUCAUAUCAUCCAUGAUUUCCCCAAGCCAGGUACACCACUAUAUAUCACCAAAGCUUUGUUACCAGUGUUGGACUCCUAUGGAUUCGAAACUGAUCUUCGAUCUCACACCCAAGGACAAGCAUUCUGUCUGUCGACAUUCGAUCACUGGCAAGUCGUACCGGGCGAUCCCCUCGAUAAAUCAAUUGUACUUCAGCCAUUAGAACCAAGUCCACAAGCUCAUUUGGCUCGUGAACUGCUCAUCAAGACAAGAAGAAGAAAGGGACUGAGUGAAGAUGUAAAUUUAAGUAAACAUUUCGAUGAUGAACAACUAUUACAAUUGGCGCACCAAAUGGGUGAAUUAUAA